CCCCGGCCCCGCCGUCCUGCCGCUUCUGCGCUCUGAGUCCUGCGGCUCCUCGCGCUCCUCCGCGCGGGGCGCUCCGACGGACGGACGGAGAGACGGACCCAGGGGCACUAUGACCGAAGAGGAGCAGUUUGUAAACAUUGAUUUGAAUGAUGACAACAUUUGCAGUGUUUGUAAACUGGGAACAGACGAGGAAACACUCUCCUUCUGCCACGUUUGUUUUGAGCUAAAUAUUGGCGGAGUACCAAAAUCGAAUCUCUUGCACACCAGAUCAUUAAGGGGCCAUAAAGACUGCUUUGAAAAAUUCCAUUUGAUUGCAAACCAGGAUUGUCCUCGAUCUAAGCUUUCAAAAAGUACCUAUGAAGAAGUUAAAACCAUUUUGAGUAAGAAGAUAAACUGGAUUGUACAGUAUGCACAAAAUAAGGAUCUGGAUUCAGAUUCUGAAUGUUCUAAAAAUCCCCAGCAUCACCUGUUUAAUUUCAGGCAUAAACCUGAUAAAAAGUUGCUCCCACAGUUUGACUCCCAAGUACCAAAGUAUUCUGCAAAAUGGCUAGAUGGAACUACAGGUGGCCUCUCAAACUGUACACAAAGAAUUUUGGAGCAGAGGGAAAAUACAGACUUUGGGCUUGCUAUGUUACAAGAUUCGGGUGCCACUUUAUGCCAUAAUAGUGUACUGUGGCCUCAUAGUCACAGCCAGGCACAGAACAAAGAGGAGACAGUCUCUAAUCCAGAAGCUAAUGUCCAGACCCCGCAUCCACAUUACAGCAGAGAGGAGUUGAAUUCGAUGACUCUUGGUGAGGUAAAGCAACUGAAUGCAAAGCUCGGACAGCAGAUACAGGAGGUUUUUGAAGAGUUAACACACCAAGUACAAGAAAAAGAUUCUUUGGCCUCACAGCUCCAUGUCCGCCAUGUUGCCAUUGAACAGCUUCUCAAGAACUAUUCCAAGUUACCGUGUUUGCAAGUGGGGCGAACAGGAAUGAAGUCACACCUACCCAUCAACAACUGAACUACACUUACACUUAUUUCUUAAGCCCUUAUGCCCUACCAUUUAUUGAUCUGCCAAGCAUGCAGACUUUGAAGAAGCUGAAGAAAGUCAUGGUCGGUUUUUUUAUGGUUGUUAAAUUUGUAAAGCUCAAGGCAAUAUUUAACAUCUUUGUCAAAUAAAGCAGAUCAUUAUGCUCUAGUCUUCUAGGGAUAAUCAUUUUGGUUCAUUUUGGGCAUCUUUUUUCCCAUAAUUACUAAAUGGCCCUCCCUAACUUUUACCACAUGUGACUACUUAAAUAUACUGUUACAGUGUGUUUUUAUUAAACAUAUUUUAAUGUAAUUCGCCUGUCAAAACAAUAGAAGGUUAAACUCCUUAAUUAGUCUAAACUACUAAAGAUAACUUUUAAGAGGGAAAUGGAAUUCAUAAUAUCACCUCUUAUUUAUUAUGAGCAAUAUUUUAAUAUGAAAAUUUUAUAUAUAAAAAUGCUAUUUUAGGUACCUUUCCCAUUCUCUUUAUAAAUGUGUAUUUGAAUGGCUCUGUAUAUUAUAUUUACACUUUCAUGUGUGAAUGUUUACCCAUAUUUCAGAUCACUGCAUUUUAUUCUCUUAAUAUACUGUUUUUACAACUAUUAUUUUGUUUUCCAGAGAUAAAUGUAUUUUGGAGUAGAAAUCUAUCUAGUUAAAUUGUUUUGACUUCUGAUAACUCUUAUGAAAGAGGAAUUAAUAACUUUUUAAAGCAAGUAUCCAAGAAAAGAAAAUACAUUAUUUUUUUCUAACAAAAGUAGUUCUGAGUUAGUUCAGGAAGAAAAUGCUAAUCUAGUUUUUGUAUGUUAGCUUGUCUCCAUAGAAGUAAGCCUCUUCUCCUUCAUUAUUACUUUCAUUCUAAUGACUUUGAUGUGUUAAAAUUCAGAUGCAGUAAGUCAGGCCUCACUUCCAAGUCAAAUGUAAUAUCUGUCUUCAAAUUGAAUGUGCUGUGAAAUUGUUGUCCUAUCUUUGAAAAAAACUGAAAUUAUUCGGUGUGCCACUUUGGAUAAAGGUCCAAGAAUCCUUAAACUGUCCAAAUUCUGUUAUCAACAUCAUUGAAAUUAGUGCCCAAAGAAAGCAUCGUGAGGUAUUUUUCUAAACUUUAGAAUCUAAAGGAAAAGAGAAGAUUGCUUGACACAGAAAAACAAAACUCUAAUGCAAAAAAAUAAGCCCAUUUUGUAAAGGAUAUUCUUAAAAAUUGUGAUGUUUCCAGAGAGUUCUGAACUAAUAGGUUGUCUCAAACAGCUAGAUAAGUUUUUUAAUAACAUAUUAUAGUAAAAGCUAUAACCAAUGCAGAAUCAAAAUGGGCUCUAAAUUCUGUUUUCAGUUGGUGCUUAGAAUGUAUUUAUGAGGUGAGAGCCUUUGCUUGAAAGAAUCUGCAGAAUAGCCCAUUAACUUGGCAGCUUCAGGCGUAAAGAUACGAAUGACUUCUCCCUUAAAUUUGGCAGCCUGCCCUGGCUUAGGUCAGAUUUUAGUCUUGAACACAAACAGUAUUUGACUAAGCAAAGAAACGCCUCAAUCUAGUAGAAAACAGCUUUUUGUAAUGUUAAGAUGUGUUAAAUUUGCGUGAGAGUAUUAAUGGAUAUCUCACUGAUUUUGUUCUGUUUUCUUUGAAGUAUGACAUAACUGCUUUUUGGAGGGAGCUGUUGAAAGAUGCUUUCAAUUACUCUCGAUUCUUUGAGUCAUCCAAAAUGAAUUUAAAAUCCAGAGAGUGGGGAUGCAUUGCCUUAGUUUUGAGAAGCUUUGAACUGAAUGUGUGCAAUAUCAAAAUCUCCAUAAAUUUACAAGUUGAAUAAAGACAUUUCCUCAUGAUGCCAGUUAAGUGUCUUAGUGCUUAGUUGUUAUGGUCACAUUUUCAAAUUUAACGUUACUGUUUUUUGGCAUAAUUCAUUAAGAAUGUUACCAGCCAGUGUGCUCGCACACAUUUGUGCUUCUAUUUAGAUCACUUAGGGACAGUCAUAAAAGUUUGGGAUGUGUUGCAUUUGAUAUCAGUGGUAGCAUAUUUCCAGAAUAUGAGCCAUAUGGUGCAGUCCUGAAUACAACAGUGUUAUCCAAAGAAAGUGUUUGCUUAUUUCUUAAAGAGUUUCUGGCAAAUACAUAGCUUUACUAACGAGUCUGGAACUACUGGAUGGGAUUGUGCGUGUACCAAGGUCUUAAAACCAGGGACUCUGAUUUAUUCCAUUUAGAUAUUUCUACUUAAGCUCUUCAAAGGAAAGGUGCUCUUAAAAAAUAUCUGCGGUGCUGGUACUCACUAGUACUUUAUUCAUAUGAAUAUUCUAGUAAAAAAAAAUUGUUGUUGAAUUAUUUUGCAUAGCAGUUUAUCCAAAUAUUUGGUAAGCUUAUUAUAUACUCCUAUAUAUUCUUGAUUGAAUAUGCAGUUUAUUGUGUAUGUUAAAAUAAGCAUAAGGGACAGAGUUGAUUCUAACUUGAGAGAACACAAGUAUUUAUGAUAACAGAAAUGUCGAUUACCAUACUUGGCUUUUAUUCUCUACAAUUGUUAGUAUUUUUGAGGAAGUUUAGAAGAAAAGCUCAUAUAUAGCUUUAGUUUCAAAAAUGGCAAAAGAGAGACUGCCAACCAGCUAUUACUAACAUUUCCAGAGCUUCUAUGAUUAAGGGGGGUGAAAUAAGACUAAUAUUUUUUCACUUAGAUUUCAUAAUUAGACAAGUUGAAUUGAGUUUAAAAAAUCAGCUUAAAGUCAAGUGAUUUUGACCACACAAGAUUGUUCUCUUUAAAGAUUAAAGUUUUAAAAUCUGUUCAGCCUUUUAAUUAAGCUAAAAAUCAGUUGUUUUUACUUUGAGAUUAUCCUCCUUUUUUCCUAGUAUUUAAUAUCCAAAUUAUUCUUUUUUAAAAAAAAAAAAGGCAUGCACUUAAGACAUGAAUAAUAGAUGAUACAGGUAGCAGAACAGUGUUUUGUUCCAUUAUGUAGUUUCUUAUGCACAAUGUUGGAGCAAAGAAAUGUUCUUAGUUUUUCAAAUUAUAUAUUCUUUUCACCACAAAGUGCCCAUUUUUAUAUACAUUUAACGAUUAUUUUUAAAAUAACAAGUUCUUGUUGGAAAGUGAUGUUGGAAAUAUAGUCAAAAUAUAUUCUAUUUUGUUGACAUCUUGACAGGCAUCUUGAGAUUUCUUGGGAUUUUCAUUUUAUCGUAUUCUUUCUCAUUGAAAAUGGUUUAAAGUGUGUUCUUUUUUUUAUGUAUUUUUUUUACCUUGGUGUUUACCUUGUCAAUUUUUGCUAGUUUUUUUAAAUACAUUUUGGAUCUCUUUGUGUGUGUUGAUGUUUACCCAUUUGGAUUUUAUUUUGUUGUUUUAGAAGAAAUCUGCUUGUGUUAUUAACGUUGUAAAACGUAAUACAAGAUGUAUAUGCUCUAAACUUAAGUAGGAUAUUUUUUAAAGAAUAAAUUAUUUGUGUAGCUUAGUAGGAGGUUCAAGUUAGUGACCAUAAAAUUAGGUAAUGUGACAUGAAAACUUUUAAAUGGUACAGUGUAAAAGUUCUUGUAGUGUUAUUUUUUCUGAUUUCCUGACAGAUGUUAUUGCUCAUGCUCAAGUAAGACAUUUGAGUAUUUUUAAGUACUUAUUAAAAAGUGUAGUAUUCUACAAAAAUUUUAAAAUGUAUUUUGUUCAGAUGUAGCUGUAAAGCAAAGAUAAUUGAUUGCAUUUCAAUGUUUAAUUGCAUUUUUAACUUUAGGUUGGUGAAAAUUAUUUGGGGAAAUCUGUAGUGAAAAAAAUCAGUAAGAGGUAAAACUCAAUAGGUUUUUCUUGCCAAGUUAAGUUUUGUGGUAGAGGGGUGGGAGAGAGUUUAUUUUCCAGAAAAUUAAGGUAAUAAGCCUCCAGCACAAGUAAAGGUAACUUGGUAGAGGGCUAUAAUUCUGUGUUUGGAGUCAUGUGGUUCUGUCUUGCAUCCCAGUGUUUUCAUUCACUUGAUCUUUUCAUAAUCACCCUUGUUAUAAUGUAGUGUAACUAUUAAACAGCUUGGUCACCUUGCCGGGAACUAUACCAUAGCAAGUCUAGCAUUAAGAUUUUUUGUAGCACCUAGGUUGUAACAUACUUUCCCUAUUCUUUUUAGUUUGAGUCCAGAUUACUAAUGCAUUUUAGUGAUCUUGACUUAGUCCACAAUUUUAAGCUUACCAAAGUGAAACGAAGAAAAAAAUCAUGGAGAUGAGUAUUGCCUCCACCCUCCCUCCAAAAAAGUGUUAGUUGAACUUCUCUCAUCUGCACAUAAAGCAACCGGAAUUUUAGUAAAUGUGUUUCUUCUUUCAAACAUGUAGAAUGUUUAUUUCCAUUCUACUACCUCCAAAAGAGGCAGUUUAGAAAGUGUUCAGUAGGGACCUGUUAAAUGCCAUUCCUGCUUUUACAGUUUGUGUGUGUUAACCUUGCUUUAAAUCCAAGUAGGUUAUACUGUGGUCAUUGAACUUAAUCUCUCUUUGGUUUAGAAAUUUAUUUUACAGAAUUGUGCUAAGACCUUUGGAAAAAGAAAAUGAAAUUGCAGUAGUGAAAACCAAGUUGGUUUCAAAAAAGUUUAUUUAGACAUCACUUGGCUGUUAUACUUUUCUUUUAAAACUGCAAUAAUUUAUAUAUUUGUAUUGCUCUGUGUUGGAACUGUAACUACAUAUGCUUGUCUACUAUUUUUAAUUUUUACAACAAUAAAAUAAAUAUUUUGUUACCUGUUAGCUUCAGUGGA